CAGUUUUGAAAAUCUCUUCAAGGUAGUUCGGAGUUGGUUACCACAUCUUCAGUGAUUUUAGCGCAAUAAAAUAAGUAAUCACUACAAAAUAGUCCGUGCUAUUCAUUAAAGCCUUGAAAUUAUACAACUUGUUUCAGAAAUGUCCAGGGAAAAUUCUCCAUAUAUUCAUAUUGAAAGAACACUCUUGAUUAUUAAGCCGGACAUUAUUAAUUAUGCAGAUAAAAUAGAAGAGCUUAUCUUACAAAAAGGAUUCUUGAUAAUACAGAAGAGACGCGUUCAUUUGACACCAGAACAAGCAAGCGAAUUUUAUGCAGAACAUUACGGGAAAAUAUUUUAUGCAACGUUAAUUGCCUACAUUAGCAGUGGUCCGAUAGAGGUACUAGUCAUAGCUAGAGAAAAUGCUAUAUCUAUUCUUCGUGAAUUAAUUGGUCCACAAAAUGCAUUUAAAGCUAAGGCGACGGUACCUGCAAGUUUAAGAGCUAUUUAUGGUACAGAUGAUCAACAGAAUGGAAUACAUGGAAGCGAUUCGUUUACAAGUGCUGAAAGAGAAAUCAGAUUCUUCUUCCCAGAUAUGAUCGUUGCACCGAUCCCCGUAAGACUUGCAGCAAAAGAUUACUUCGUUCGGAAUGUAAACCCAACUUUACUAAAAGGUUUGACAGAACUGUGCAAACAAAAACCUAAGGACCCAGUACUUUGGCUGGCCGACUGGCUGCUGGAAAAUAAUCCAAAUAAACCUCAUCCCAUCGAUAUGGUCACCUCUUGAAAUACGAAUAAGAAAAUUUUAAAGAACGUAUGAAGGAUUAUGCGAAUGCAGUUUUCAAAAGAACCUAUAGUCAUAUCUGAAAAUAAACAUAUACUUCGUUUCG